CUUCACACUCCUCCUCCUUCUUCAAAUUUCAGUUGUGCACCUUUAAAUUAUUUAGUUUUUGCGAUUAACGUUAAUUCGUAAGUUUGUUUUGUAUUACUUUUCAUUGUCCUUUGUGAUUUUAUGUUAGUAACUUAAUUACAGUUUUGUUGCAGAUGGCAUUCCAAAGGUUCACGCUUGGGUUGCGGUGGAAUGGUUACACGGAAGAGACCGAAAAGGGUGUAAGUUAUGUCGGUGGCAAUUUUGUAUAAAAUGAAGGUCCGUACGAGACCGAUGCUUGAAGAGCUCCAUCAAAUGUGCACUCAGAUUACCUGCAUGGAUGACACUAGAAGAGUUGAUCAAAUGGUGUAUCGAUAUCCAAACAGACAUGACGGGUCGCUGUGGAAUGAGGAAUUCCUCCUUACUACUCAGGAGGACGCCAAUGCCAUGGUCCAAUUUUUUACCACCAAUAAAAUUAAGCAAACGGAGAUGUUCGUUUACACCGAGGUCGUCGAAGGCGGUGUAGGUCAUUCUGGAGAUGGCCAAACAUCUGGUAUCCACGGUGGGAGUGUCUUAUACGAAGAUCAUCCCCACCAGGAGUACCAAGACUCGACUGGAGGCAUAAGUAUCAUGAUGGAACUGGAGGUCAUCAUCAACCCUUCCCUUCAUAUCAAGAAGAAGCUCAACAGGCGGAUCAUAACCAACAAACAGGCUACCAGUACCCACUCGAGUACAACUUCUACCAAAGCGGUGUUAGUUACCACAACUACCAUUACGGAGCUGGUGAAGGUGAAGGUGCCUUUCAUGAUGAUAAUCAGAUGGAAGAAGAGGUCAAUCCAAGUCCAGUUAGUGACCCUGAGGUUGAAGAAGAGGAAGGCAAUGUUAGUGCAGACAGCUUCGAUCCUUUGGAAGGUGCUGAUGAUUCCGGUCCAGAUUUAGACGCAGACGGUGAUGAGGUACCUCGCGACUGUGUACCUAUCCCGUACUAAAAUCACAUUCAAAAUGAAGAUUGGUAUGUUGAUGCCGACAUGGACCUGCCAGAGGUGCCAGUAUGGGGUCCACUCACUAGCUUUACAAAGGGCCAACAAUUUGCAACGAAGAAUGAGGUCUGGCACGCUAUUGCCAUUGAAGCAAUGACUCGGAGUUUUGAAUGGUAAACAACCCAUUCCGACACAAAGAGGCUGAUGGUUCGAUGCAAAAAUAAAAAUGAGGGAUGCAAAGCUAGGGUCCGUCCGCCGCACCUUCGGGGGGUCAUGUAACUAACAGAUUGUCUUCGGUAUGUUUCCAUGUAUGGGUCAUGGUAGCCCAUCCGCCCCACAUGAGAUCCCGUCACAAUAUCCUGAUCUUGCAUAACGUUCCACAGAGCGAUCAAUUCUACAUACUCCUCCGACCAAUUAGUAGCUCCUUGUCGAUCAUCUUUCCCGUGGUACCCCCUCUGACUCUCCGAGACAUCCAAUGGUAGGCAUUGCUCACGUCCGAAUUGUCGUAGACAUCGAUCCGGCAAGUGCCACUCCACUAUAUGGUGACAGAUUAGUGGAACUCGGGUGCACCAUUGACCGGGAUGCAACGGGAACUUGUGGACGUGAUGCGCGACAAUGCGUUCUGGAUACGGAUCAAACUUAAGCUACGAAGGUACAGAAAAAAUGGACCAUUAAUAAACAUAAUAAUAUAAGUCUAAAAAAAGUAGGAAGUAAUAGUGUAUUAUGAUGGUCACCUCUGCUUCCUAGAGGUGAUCAAGCCUCCUACGAUACUCAUCCAACUUAUGCGCUCCUAGGUUGUCGCAUGUUUUUUCACCAAGCCACCUAUUCAAUCCAAAAAGUACAUCAUGUUAAUACAUAAUAGCUGGUUCGUUAUAAAAUACCCAAUUAAUAAAAAAAUGUGAGAACUACGAGUAGGAUAGAAAAUAUUUACCUACAAUCAUAAGCUUCAUGUCGUAGGGGAUGGUCGGGUCCCCAUUCCUUUUCGGGGUCUACCUUCGGUGCAAUCCAUGGCAAAUGCUCCUAAGCCCAAAAUUGGACGAUGAACAUGGGCCCAUCAAUCUCCUUCACCGCUCUCGCACUAGCAUUACAGAGGGAGCGGUAGAGAUGAGCUAGGCAAGCAGAUGCCCAGCUCAAGUUUCCCAUAUCAUCCCAACUCCCAAGUAUGAUCUUCAACCAUGAAUUGCUGAUUAAAUUGUUGGAUUUCUUGGGGAAGAAAACUCCUCCGAUCAUGCCGAGGAUGUAGAUACGUGCAUAAAUGUCUUUAUCACGCUUGAACUUUCCUCCGUGAGGGGAAUGCCUCCGAACUCAGGGUUGUGCUUACACCUGAUCUCCGCUGUCAACCAUGUGAUGGAUACUUGACCCUUGGACAAUGGUGGAUGACCAUCCGCAUCGUGAUCUCCCUUUUCUGGCGGACACAACCCGGUGACCGUCCAUAUAAAAUGCUGCCAACCACUCAUAUUGGCAACAACUUUAGGUGGUGGCGUAGAGUCCACACAAAUAACAUCACCAUCGAUGGGCAAAUCGGUUAGGAUGGCGAUGUUCUUAACUGUGAUGGUGCACUCGCCUUCACGAAAAUUGAAGUAGUGUGUCUCCUUUCACCAUCUCUCUACCAAUGUUGUGAUGAGUUGGCGGUCGAUCUUGAUUCCAUUAAAGUGCCUAAUCGAAUCCAAUCUUGCCUUUUUAGAAAGGGCAAGAUGACGCCAUUCCAUUCAAGCACAUUCGUCGUGCCCCUAUAGCAGACUAUAUGGUAUGCAUCCUAGAGAAGAAUUUAACUUUCACUAUAAGUUGAUGAUUUAUACAUAUAUAAGAUGCAAUAUUAAUUAAAUCAAGGUUGUUUUAGAGAAAUAUACAUUGUCUAAUAAACAUUAAUUUUAACA